CUCCUCCCUGUGGGCGCGUUUGUGCUUGUUGUUUCCAUGGUGACGCUCGUCCAAUGGGAUGUCUGGUAUGGUAACAGCUGCACUAGGGAUUGGGCGCAACCGUGCUGAGGAUCUGGACCCAGGGGCAGACCUGCAAUGACCUGGAAGGAUGACACUAGUGAAGUUGCCCACGCGAGAGUCGCCAGGUUGAACGACUAUUUGGAUGCAGAUGAUGGCAAGCAGGAAUUACAAGACAUGCUGCAGACACUAAAGCUCAGGAACAGCAUUUACGUGCAGGAACUGAACACUCUUUAUGAGGCUUAUCGUCCACAGACAGCCCUGGAACACAAGGAUUCUGCUAUAGAACAUUUUUCUCCCAGUAGUGCUGUAUAUAGCCACAGGACUGAAUAUCUGAAGGGAUUCCACAAUCCAGCCACAAACACAACGCCUAAGACCACCAAGAGAGCCCCUGAAUUCACUGUGCCCCAGCCUUUCCAUAUGACUGUCCGGGAAGCAGAGAAACGAGAGAAGAAGUCUACAGCAUGGGCCGAUCCAGCAGACGCUCGGGAUGAGGACGAUGCUGAAUGCUUAAAGAAGUUCCGUGCCCAGCCCGUGCCGGCCCACGUCUUCCUGCCUCUCUACGAUGAGAUCGUGGAGCAGUAUGAAGAAAAGAGGAAAUCUGGAAUCCAGAAACGCGCAGAGCUGCUGGUGUCAACGCAGCAGCCAUUCCGCUUCUUAUCGGAAGAGAGAAGACGACGAGCAGAGCGGCCAGUGACAGCCCCAACACAGACGAAGCAAAGCAGCGGGAAAACUAUCCCCAAAUCUGUUCUGGACCCCACCGUCAGUGACAAGCUGAGAGAAGCUGAGCUCCUAAGAAAGAUCAACAGUCAGAUAAGAGCUAAGGAUCUGCUGCAGAGCUGCUCAGCGCCUAUAGCCAACAGCCGCCACAUCAGGGACCCACAUUCCAGAACCAGCCUGACAACCAAACAGCGGCAUCUGGGUUACUUAGAUCAGAACCUGACUUUCCAGCCUCGCACAAACCCGUCUGUGCCGGACUUCCAGGCACUGUACAGAAGCUUCCAGAAACUCUCUCUGAAGAAUCAGCAGGUCAGCGAACCUACAGUGACCAAACCCUUCCUUCUGCGGACAUCCCGCCUGAGGGACAGGAAGAGACACAGCCGGACAGAGGACAAGCAGGAUGUUCUUCAGGACUCGCAGCCUAUGAGAUAUUCCAGCUAUCUCUCCAGCUUGUCACCGAAUACCCUUCCUGUGUACAUUACAGACACCACCAAGAGGAGGGACGUUGCCAUCAGGACGUCACUAGAGGAGCGGGACAAUGAGAACACAGAACAAGAGAAGUGGCUGCUCAAGCACAGACAGAAAUGCCUCAGAAUGCAGAAAUCUCUCUCCAGACGAGCAAAGGCACUAGACCAACAUACUCCGCUCGCAGAAGCCAAUAAGGAGAAGCUGAGACAGAAUAGGCAGUCUGAGCGUAAGAGAUCCCAGGAGUAUAAGGAGGAGCUGCAGCAGAUGAAGAGGCAGGUGGCAGUGAGACCGUACCUCUUUGAACGUGUCACAAAGGGCGGUGCAAGUAAAAACACAGGAUCCCAGGUCACACGCAGGCUGCAGUCAACCGGGAGGACGCAGGGAAAUACGGACCAGGAUCUGAUGGAUAACGGCUGGGAUGAGGACACCGAAUCACUGUGACACCUGCAACCCAUUUAUAGUCAGAAUGCUUCAAAGACCCUUUUUGUUGAGUGUUAUAGUCCAAUUUAUUCAUCUUUUCAUUUAGUGAAACCAUUUAGUUUGAUCUUUUGAGUAUGGGAGAGAGCCCGGGGACCGAGGUUCUCGCUACGGGAGAGAGCCCGGGGACCGAGGUUCUCGCUACGGGAGAGAGCCCGGGGACCGAGGUUCUGGCUACGGGAGAGAGCCCGGGGACCGAGGUUCUGGCUACGGGAGAGAGCCCGGGGACCGAGGUUCUGGCUACGGGAGAGAGCCCGGGGACCGAGGUUCUGGCUACGGGAGAGAGCCCGGGGACCGAGGUUCUCGCUACGGGAGAGAGCCCGGGGACCGAGGUUCUCGCUACGGGAGAGAGCCCGGAGGCCGAGGUCCUCGCUACGGGAGAGAGCCCGGAGGCCGAGGUAUUUGCUACGGGAGAGAACCAGGUGACCGAUGUGCUCAAUAUGGGAGAUAACCCGGAGACUGAGGUUCUCACUAUGGCAGAGAGUCUAGAGACUAAUAGGCCCUACACACUGGCCGAUUUUCUGAAAGAUAUGAACGAUCUCGUUCAUAAAUGAACGAGAUGAACGAGAACUCGUUCAUAUCUUUCAGUGUGGAGACUCCAGCGAUGAACGAUGCGCGGCCCCACGCUCGUUCAUCGCUGGUCUCCCGUCGGCUGUGCAUGCAGGCCAAUAUGGACGAUCUCGUCCAUAUUUGCCUGCACUUCAAUGCAGCCGCGUGACAGGGGGAGUGAAGAAACUUCACUCCCCCGUCACUGCCCCCCCGCCGCCGGGUCGCUCGUCGGCCGUUUCGGCCGUCGGGCACCUCGGCGGCGCAUCGUCAAAUGUGUAGGGCCCCUGAGGUUGUCACUAUGGGAGAGAACCAGGAGACCGAUGUUCUUAAUACAGGAGAGCCCCUGAAGGCCGAGGUGCUCACUAUGGGAGAGAACUAGGUGUAUAUUUACUAAAAUGCAGGUUUUUAGAAAUGAAGAUAUUGCCUGUAGCAACCAAUCACAUUCUACUUUUCAUUUAUGUAGCACCAUCUAGAAUAGCUAGAAUCUGAUUGGUUGCUAUGUAGAUCUAACCCCCAUUGACUGAAGAAGAAUCUAAAUAUUACUGCAAUGAUCGUACUAGGACUUUAUCAUCACUGCUUUAUUAGUAUAUGUAAUUCUGUUGCUCCUUUCAUUGUAUGCGUACAUCCCUCAUUUAUAUAGUUAUUUUAUAAAGAAUAUUCCUUAGCGCCUA